AUGGCUCCGAAACAGCCUAAGGAGGCGGCUAAGGCCCCCGUAGCUCCUGCAAGCGGAGUAAAGAAAGCCAAAGUUGGCAAACCGAGGAAUUAUGACUUAGGAAAUGGAAUCGUCAGAUUCUCGAAAUCUAAAAUGUUCCACAAAACUGCCAAAUAUAAGUUCAUUGGCAAGAAAAACCCCAAGGCACCCAAGCAUAAGAAGCCUACAGUGGUGGUAAAGCCCAUUGGUGGUGAGAAGAAUGGAGGCACUCGUAAUGUCUUGCUGCGUCGCAGAAAAUCCUUCUACCCCACACAAGACAAAAUCAGAACAUACCGCCACCACAAGUGCUUUAGCAAGCACGUCAGAAACAUCCGCCCCAACCUUACUGUCGGAACUGUCUGCAUCUUGCUGGCAGGUAGACACGCAGGCAAGCGAGUGGUGCUUGUUGGAGUGUUACCCAGUGGUCUCUUACUUGUUACUGGACCAUUUGCAUUCAACUCAUGUCCACUCCGUCGUGUUCCCCAACGGUAUGUAAUUGGUACCAGCACCAAUGUGGAGUUGGGUGACUUCAAGCUUCCCGCUCACCUUGAUGAUGCCUACUUCAAGAAGAACAAGAAGAGCACCAAGCGCAGCGUUAAGCGGAAGGAGGGCGAAGAUAUUUUUGCCACCAAAAAAGAGAAAUAUGUCCCAUCAGAACAACGUAAGACCGACCAGAAAACGGUAGAUGAUGCGGUGAUCAAAGCGAUCGGCAAACGCACAGACAAGAAGGUGCUCCGGGGUUACCUUAAGGCCGCCUUUGGUCUGCGCUCCAGCCAAUUUGCGCACCGGCUCAGGUUCUAA